AUGGCGACGAUGCUGCUCGUCCUACUAUCCCUAUCUAUGCUUCUUAGGCUAGGGCAGGUCAAUGCCUCGUCAUUCCCCGCCCAGGUGCCCCUUGCGGCCGCCACCGAACCGUUGGACUCGUGGCUGGCGCGCCAAAUUCCCUACGCUCUGGACGGCGUCCUGAAUAAUCUCGGGGCCGAUGGGGCCAAAUCUAUCGGAGCAAGCCCGGGCUCCGUCGUGGCGAGUCCCAGCAAGGCAAAUCCGGACUGUGCGUCUCCCCGUGCCCUCGGCUUGGGAUUAUCAUUGACAUGUCUAGACUUCUAUACGUGGACGCGCGAUGCCGCUCUGACGGUUCGCUGUCUCAUCGACAUCGCCAUCGCGACGGACGAUGCGACAGUCCACGCGGCCGUUCAGCAAUACGUCUCUUUUCAGGCCCGGCUGCAGUCUGUCUCCAAUCCGUCUGGUCGUCUGGACUCAGGAGGUCUCGGCGAGCCCAAGUUCCAUGUCGACGGAUCGGCCUUUACGGGCGAUUGGGGACGACCGCAGAGAGACGGCCCUGCGCUGCGGGCAGUGACUCUCAUCACCUAUGCAAAUUGGCUGAUUGGUCAUAACCACACCUCUGUCGCGGAGACCAUCUGGCCCAUCAUCCGCAACGAUCUCUCCUACGUCUCCGAGUAUUGGAACUCCACCACCUUUGAUCUCUGGGAAGAAACCCUCGGCUCCUCCUUCUUCACCACCUCCGUCCAAUACUCCUCUCUCAUCCUAGGCUCUACCCUUGCCACCCGCCUCAACACCAGUUGUCCCAACUGUGUCUCCCAAGCGCCUCAAACUCUCUGCUUUCUGCAAUCCUUCUGGUCCCCAGACAACUCACACAUCAUCACCAACCAUAACGCCCCCUUCCGGUCCGGCAAAGACGUCAAUUCCAUCCUCGCAACCAUCCACACUUUCGACCCACUCGCGCCCGACUGCUCUGACCUCACCUUCCAGCCUUGUUCGCCGCGCGCCCUCGCUAACCAUAAGGCCGUCGCAGAUGCGUUUCGUCAUCUGUAUCCGAUUAAUUGGAAGAUUCCCGUGAACCAACCGAUCGCGUUGGGCCGCUACCCGGAAGAUGUGUAUAUGGGUGGGCAGCCGUGGUAUUUGACUACGCUGGCUGCAGCGGAGCAUCUGUAUCGGGCUGUUGGGCAGUGGAAGAGGUUCGGGGAGGUGACAGUGACGGAUGUGAGUUUGGGGUUCUUUCGUGAUGUGUAUGACGCCGGCAUUAAGGUUGAUGUGUAUCGCCGAGGAGAUGAAGUUGGAAGUGUGUAUGAGGGGAUACUACGCGCGGUGAUGCACUAUGCGGAUGAAUAUUUGCGGAUUGUGCAAAAAUAUACACCCCCCAACGGCGCCCUCUCCGAACAAUUCUCCCGUCACGACGGCCUCCCAAUCUCAGCACGCGACCUGACCUGGUCCUACGCCGCCUUAUUAACAGCCACACGAGCCCGUCAAGACGCAUCCUCAUCCUCAUCCGCAGCUCUAUCCCCAACUCUAUCCCCAAAUCCAACUCCCUCCAUUCCAUCAACAUGUCUCCCAUCUUCCGCACCAGGUCCAUAUACCAACCCGCCUGUAAACCAAACAAUCCCCUUCCCUUCCCCUCCGUCCUGCAAAAGCCCAACCCUCGAUCCCACUCCCCAGCCCAUAGCAAUAAGAUUCAACAUCCUCGCUCCCACAUACCUCGGAGAAUACAUCUACCUAGCCGGCUCGCUCCCCGCCCUGGGCUCCUGGGCAGUGGAUAAGGCGCUGGAGAUGCGCGCGGACGAGUACAGCGGCGAUGUACCGCUGUGGUAUAUUAUUGUGGAAGAAGGAUUACUUGGGGGAGUGGAGUACGAAUAUAAGUUCUUUAGACGCGGGGAGGAGGGCACGGGGGGUGUUGUUUGGGAAGAGGGGGAGAAUCGAAGGGGGGUUGUUAGGGAUGGGAGGGGAGGCGUGGAGGGGUGUGCGGUGGGGAGGGUUAAUGACGUUUGGAGGGGAAUUUGA